AUGACUUCCACCCAGGAAAAGCAGUCUAGAAAUACCUGGACUCCUUCAUCUUGGACUACGAAGCCUAUAAAGCAGGAAGUUACAUAUGAAGAUCAAGAAGGCCUAAAAGAUGCCUUGAUUAAGCUUCAGCAUCUACCUCCAUUGGUGACCCCCCAGGAGAUUGUUAAUUUGAAGAAUUGCCUGAAAAAUGUAGCACUUGGGAGAGCGUUUGUCCUCCAAGGGGGAGCGAAUAAGCCAGUAAUCAGAAUUGCUCGGAUCGCCGGUCAGUUUGCCAAGCCUCGAUCAAGCACCACGGAAACAAUCAACGGUGUGACGAUGCCGUCCUUCCGUGGUGACAACAUCAAUGGCUUUCAGCCGGAUCCCAUUUCUCGGAAACCUGAUCCAUCCCGUCUCGUAUCUGCGUACUUCCAUUCCGCUGCAACCUUAAAUUAUCUUAGAGCAGCCCUUGCCUCUGGUUUAGCUGACCUACACUCUCCAUUGGAUUGGGGACUCGGUCACGUAAUCGCGCCAUCUAUAAAGGAAAAAUAUGAACAGAUCGUAUCCAGAGUGACAGACUCCCUACGUUUCAUGAGAACUGCAGGCCUCGACACAGACCGCGGAAUCGAAACUGUGGACAUCUAUACCAGCCAUGAAGGCCUGAUGCUUGACUAUGAACAAAGCCUCGCUAGACUCUGCCGUGACCCCCCCGAGGCGGUAGCGAAAUCCAACCAGUCUACCUCCACUGCCCACCCACCAAGUAGCCACUAUGCCACCUCCGCCCAUUUCCUCUGGAUAGGCGACCGCACACGCCAACUUGGAGGCGCACAUGUAGAAUUCUUCCGCGGCAUCGCCAACCCCAUCGGCAUAAAAAUCGGCCCGACGAUGGAUCCGGAUGAACUCAUCGACCUUCUCAACACCGUCAACCCAGACAAGGAAAUUGGCAAAGUAACGCUCAUCUCAAGGUACGGUGCCUCGAAAAUCGCCAGUUUCCUCCCUCAACACAUCAAGGCAGUUCAAUCCUCUGGCCACACUCCUGUCUGGCAAUGCGAUCCCAUGCACGGCAACACACUCACCACGCCAUCGGGUCUCAAGACUCGCCAGUUCAACGAUAUCUUGUCUGAGCUGCGGCAGGCGCUGGAAAUCCAUCGCGCGCAGGGUUCUUUUCUGGGGGGCAUGCACCUGGAGCUGACUGGUGAAGCGGUGACGGAGUGCGUCGGUGGUGCGGCGGGGUUGACGGAGGAUGGCUUACGAGAACGCUAUACCACCUUCUGCGAUCCGAGGCUGAAUGAGAAGCAGGCGCUGGAGUUGGCGUUUUUGGUUGCAGGCUUUUAUCGGGACCGGAUGGGGGAGGAGGGUGAAUUGAAUGAGAUGUGA